AUGCCGGAAACAUUUUCAAGCGGUAACGCUCAAUAUCUCCCCAUCCACGGUGGCACCACCGAUAACAACAGCCCCUACGCUUCGCUUCUCCGCCUUCUCCAAUCUCAUUCACCAACCUCCUCACAGCUCUUUAGUUACCUCGCUCUCUUCGUCUCCGUUGGAACCUUCCUUUUCCUUCUCGGCAUAUCCGUCACCGCAGCAGCCGUUGGCUUCAUAUUGUUUCUUCCGUUGAUCAUCAUCUCGAGCCCGAUCUGGUUUCCUGUUUUUGUCGUUGUUGGUGGGUUCUUAUCGGUCUUUGGGUUUCUUCUUGGAACGUUGGCCUUGGCGUCAUGGACGUACCGUUAUUACCGGGGCAUGCAUCCGGUUGGAUCGGAUCAGAUGGAUUAUGCACGUAGUAGGAUCUAUGACACGGCCUCUCAUGUCAAAGAUUACGCUAGAGAGUAUGGUGGAUAUUUCCACGGUAGGGCUAAAGAUGCGGCUCCUGGUGCCUGA